AUGGCUCUUUUGAACAUCUCAACAAUCCUCGGACAUAAUGUGUGUCCAUCUUCUCAGUGCGGCAACGUGAGCGUGCAUUACCCUUUCAACCUUGAACACGAGACGCCUUCAGCUUCGAUCAAGUGCACCUAUUUCAAUCUGAUCUGCAACAAAACCUCAGGCACCACCAUUUUUCACCUCCCUCCAGCAGGACAUUUCUACGUUCAAAAAAUCAACUACACUCAACAAUACAUCCAACUCUACGAUCCUCGAAACUGCCUCACAAAGAGACUGUUCGACUUGAGCCUCCCCGUGCCUUCUCCUUUCAAGACUAACUAUGAAAACUACACUCUGUACGUAUGCCCUCCUGAUCUUGCUAUGGGCUCCAUUCUUUGCUUGAGCAACUCCACCAACAUAACAGUAGUUGCUAGUGGAUCCUUCAAGGAUGACAACAAGUGUGAGCCCACCCACUAUCGCCUUCUUCCAGUUCAUGAAGAUAAUGCUUUUUCCUUAACUUGGGAUUCUAAUGGUUGUGCAAACUGUGACGAUCAUGAUUCAGGUGGAUGGGGAGCAAAGAUAAUAGGCAAAAUAGUUACAGUGGCAUUGACUUUACCUGGCCUGAUUAUAAUGAGCUUAAGUUGUUGUUCCCUGUUUUGCUUUCACUUAUUGAGGUUGAUGAGAGGCAGAAAUGUUGUGGAAGCAGAGGCUGCAGAAGUACAUCUGCCCUCUUCCACGACAGGGCUCGACGAGUCCAAGAUUGUGGGAUGCACGGAACUAGUUAUUGUUAGUGAAGGUGAGCAAGGUUGUAAGAGUAAGAUGUGUUCGAUAUGCUUAGAGGCUUACUCUGAGAAGGAGAAGUGGCUGGGAAAGAAUGCUACUUGCCCUGUUUGCCGGACUUCUCUCCUUUAG